CCCGGGCCCGGGGCCAGCGCAUGCGCCCGCCUGUGGGCGCUGUCCGGUCUGCGAGGGCUGCGAGCGCACCGUCCUUCGGACAGGACCGACCGACGGACACACGGGGCAGCGCAGGCAGCAGGGACUCGGCGGGACAGCGACAUGGCCGGUUACAUCCAGCAGCCCAGCGGGCGCGGGAGCCCCGGCCCCGCGCCCUCGCCUUCCCCCGGCCCGGGCCCCGGACCCGGCGCCUCGGAGCGGGUGGCGCUUAAGAAGGAGAUUGGGCUACUGAGCGCCUGCACCAUCAUCAUUGGCAACAUCAUCGGCUCGGGCAUCUUCAUCUCACCCAAGGGUGUCCUGGAGCACUCGGGCUCUGUGGGCCUGGCCCUCUUUGUCUGGGUCCUGGGCGGAGGCGUGACUGCUCUUGGCUCUCUGUGCUAUGCCGAGCUGGGAGUGGCCAUCCCCAAGUCUGGCGGGGACUAUGCUUAUGUCACGGAGAUCUUCGGGGGCCUGGCUGGCUUCCUAUUGCUCUGGAGUGCCGUGCUCAUCAUGUACCCCACCAGCCUGGCGGUCAUCUCCAUGACCUUCUCGAACUAUGUGCUCCAGCCCGUGUUCCCCAACUGCAUUCCUCCCGCUGCUGCCUCCCGCGUGCUCUCCAUGGCCUGCCUGAUGCUCCUGACGUGGGUCAACAGUUCCAGUGUGCGCUGGGCCACACGCAUCCAGGACGUGUUCACAGGAGGGAAGCUGCUGGCCCUGUCCCUCAUCAUCGGCGUGGGCUUCAUCCAGAUCUCCCAAGGACACUUUGAGGAGCUGACGCCCAGCAACGCCUUUGCUUUCUGGAUGACGCCCUCCGUGGGCCACCUGGCCCUGGCCUUCCUCCAGGGCUCCUUCGCCUUCAGUGGCUGGAACUUCCUCAACUAUGUCACAGAGGAGCUGGUGGACCCUCGGAAGAACCUACCUCGUGCCAUCUUCAUCUCCAUCCCACUGGUGACCUUCGUCUACACAUUUACCAACGUGGCCUACUUCACCGCCAUGUCCCCCCAGGAGCUGCUGGCCUCCAACGCGGUGGCCGUGACCUUUGGAGAGAAGCUGCUUGGCUACUUUUCAUGGGUCAUGCCUGUCUCCGUGGCUCUUUCCACUUUUGGAGGAAUCAAUGGCUACCUGUUCACUUCUUCCAGGCUGUGUUUCUCCGGAGCCCGGGAAGGGCACCUGCCCAGCCUGCUGGCCAUGAUCCACGUCAGAAACUGUACUCCCAUCCCCGCCCUCCUGGUCUGUUGCGGGGCCACAGCAGUCAUCAUGCUUGUGGGAGACACGUACACACUCAUCAACUACGUGUCCUUCAUCAACUACCUCUGCUACGGUGUCACCAUCCUGGGGCUGCUGGUGCUGCGCUGGAGGCGGCCGGCCCUCCACAGGCCCAUCAAGGUGAACCUGCUGGUCCCUGUGGCCUACUUGGUCUUCUGGGCAUUCCUGCUGGUUUUCAGCUUCAUCUCGGAACCCAUGGUGUGUGGGGUUGGCGUCAUCAUCAUCCUCACGGGGGUGCCCAUUUUCUUCCUGGGGGUGCUCUGGAGAAGCAAACCAAAGUGUGUACACAGACUCACCGAGUCCAUGACACGCUGGGGCCAGGAGCUGUGUUUCGUGGUUUACCCCCAGGAUUCCCCUGAGGAGGAGAAUGGGCCCUGGCCAGCCUGCCCCUCGCCCGCCACGGACAAGUCCUUCAAGACACAAUAAGACAAGGUGUAGGGACUGAAGCAGCCCUUCUGUUUACAUGUUGUUUAUUGAGGAGGUUUUUUUUGUUUUUUUUUUUUUUUGCAAAAACUUUUUUUUUUUUCUG